UGGCGGAUGUCUAUUGGAUGACUCUGCCAGCACCUCGUGAGAAAUCAAAGUUUACGGGUUCCGGGGGGAGUAUGGUCGCAAGGCUGAAACUUAAAGGAAUUGACGGAAGGGCACCACCAGGCGUGGAGCCUGCGGCUUAAUUUGACUCAACAUGGGGAAACUCACCAGGUCCAGACAUAGCAAGGAUUGACAGAUUGAGAGCUCUUUCUUGAUUCUAUGGGUGGUGGUGCAUGGCCGCUCAGCUCGCACUAAUCGAGGCUGAGGAACAGUGUCAGGCGGCAGCCGAGGCUGCCCGCCUACAGGCUGAAGCGGCGGCAGCAGCUGAAAAGCAGCGGCUUCAGGCCGAAGCAGACGCAGAUACGCAGGCACGCCGCAAGGAAGCCCAGGAUCUGCUACAGCGGCACGGAGCCGCCAGCAUCAAAAAGCUCAAGUUCUGGCAUUUUGAACCAUCCGAGCACCACGCAGACGCGACAAUGGAAGAGCAGCAGAAGGAGUUUCUUGCCAAACUCGUGACCCGGUUGGUUUACACUUGUAACCACCUGCAGUCUGAGCUGGCGAAUCUCCGACGGGCGGUGCGGAACCACAAGGAUCUGCACGAGGAUGCUACACGGGCACUUGAUUCCCGUGUACAGGACUUGGACCAAGUUGCACCAAGACUGGAUGCUGGUGAGUCCAGCAGUGCACCCUCUACCCGCCAAUUGGAGGAACGAGUUGACCACGUAGUCGCAAUGCUCGGCGACAUCAGCACCUUUGCUGCACCAGCCACCAUCUGCAAGCAGCUGGACACCUUGAAGACCGAGGUUCAGCAACUGCACCAGCUGCCCAACAAGGAUGGCAACACCAGUGCGCAGCACUACAAGAUGCCGACAUUACGCAUCGAAAAGUUCGAUGACUAUACGCAUGAAGACCCGGUCCCCUGGUGCAAGGGCUUUACGACGGAACUUCGGAUUCAUUUCGUCCCCGAGCACUCGUACAUCGGCACGCUGUUCCUCAACUCAAAGGGCGGAUGCCAGAUCUGGCUCAGCCACCUUGCAACCAUCCACGACGUCCAAGUCGCCGAUCUACAUAAGAAGAUCUCCUGGGAAGAGUUGACGAGGCUAUGGAAGAAGCGGUUCAUUGUGGACGACGACCCGACGUUCGCCAUCAACCACCUCUUCGCCAUGACCCAAAGCAACACGUCGACGCGCGACUGACUCACAGAAUGGCAAAAGAUCGCUGCAACGCCCGAUC